CUUCCUUAAUUACCUGUCAUGUGACACUUCACUUUAUGCAGUAGCAGCGGCUAUGAGCGUCGACCACUUUAAGAAACUUUUACUUCUCCUAAUCGCUUAUAAAUGCUGCAGAUGUUUAGAGGCGGUCAAAAAUGGCACUACUCCAAAUAUUAUAAUCUUGCUUAUGGAUGACAUGGGCUGGGGUGAUCUGGGGGUCUUCGGACAGCCGUCCAAAGAGACCCCGAACUUGGACCGAAUGGCUGCUGAGGGGAUGCUCUUCCCCAGCUUUUACACUGCCAAUCCUCUGUGCUCCCCCUCCAGAGCUGCUCUGCUGACGGGGAGGCUACCAAUCAGGAACGGCUUCUACACCACCAACGGCCACGGAAGGAAUGCUUAUACCCCCCAGGAGAUAGUAGGAGGAAUCGCCCAGGAUGAGGUUCUGCUGCCAGAAAUGCUCAGGAAGGCCGGCUACGUUAGCAAGAUCGUAGGCAAGUGGCACCUUGGUCACAGGCCCAGAUUUCUCCCUCUGGAACAUGGGUUUGAUGAGUGGUUUGGUUCCCCGAACUGUCACUUUGGGCCAUACAACAACUCUGACCGGCCCAACAUCCCGGUGUACAGGAACUCGCAGAUGGUGGGCAGGUAUUAUGAGGAAUUUGGUAUCAACUUAAAGACUGGAGAGUCCAACCUCACCCAGAUAUACUUGGAGGAGAGCCUGGUGUUUAUACGCACCCAGGCCAGCGCUCACCAGCCCUUCUUCCUGUACUGGGCCGUGGAUGCGACUCAUGCGCCAGUCUAUGCCUCCAAGGACUUCCUAGGAAAGAGUCAACGGGGUCGCUAUGGCGAUGCCGUGAUGGAGCUGGACCACGGUGUGGGGGUGAUCCUGGGUGAACUGCGGAGCCUGGGUCUCGCAGAGGACACCUUUGUUUUCUUUACCUCAGACAACGGAGCUGCACUCAUAUCUGCUCCCAUGCAAGGUGGCAGUAAUGGGCCCUUCCUGUGCGGAAAGCAGACCACCUUCGAGGGGGGCAUGAGGGAGCCGGCGAUCGCGUGGUGGCCGGGGCACAUCCCAGCUGGAACGGUGAGUCAUCAGCUGGGGACCGUGAUGGACCUGUUCACCACUAGCCUGGCCUUAGCCGGCUUGGCCAUCCCAGGCGACCGGAUCAUUGAUGGGCUGGACCUGACACCAGUUCUUCUCAACAGUACGCAUAUUGACAGGCCCAUCUUCUAUUACCGCGGCAACGUGCUGAUGGCAGUGAGGCUGGGGAUGUACAAGGCGCACUACUGGACAUGGACCAAUUCGUUGGAGGAGUUCAAGAAGGGCAUCAACUUCUGUCCUGGGGAAGAAGUGGUGGGCAUUACCACCCAUGAACAAAAGGAGCACACUAUGCAGCCACUUGUUUUCAAUCUAGGGCGGGACCCUGGGGAGAAAUACCCAAUCAGCGUCCUGAGCCCGGAGUACCAGGCUGCGCUACAACAAAUUACCCCAGUGCUGGAACAGCACCAGAAGCGUCUGCUGCCUGGAGUGCCCCAGCUCAACAUGUGUGACCUGGCGGUCAUGAACUGGGCCCCACCUGGAUGUGAGAAGUUGGGAAAGUGCCUGAAAGGGCCGAAGUCAGAGCCAUGGAAGUGCCAGUGGCCUCACUGAACUGCUUUUGAAUAACUGUGGCGGAAAUUGCCAUUCAGCACCUACCCUGGAUACAUACAUUUUACACAGUGAUGAUUAAUGAUUGGGUUCUUGAAUUUAAACUUUUAAUCAUUGUAUUUGCUUAUGAAGGAUUUUUUUAUUGUGUAAAAUUUGGGAUGUAUUUUAGGAUGUGCUGGCAAUGACUUUUACACUGUACACAAAAUAGUGUAGCAAUAAUAAUGAGAUAUUUCAGGGAUUUCAUAAUGGAAACAAAUCAAAUUCUAAAUAUGGACUUCAAUUUUAUAUUUUAAAAAUAAAUUCAUUUUUUCUAGAGAA